AUGCAGCGUGCCACUGCCAUUUUGAAAAGCUGUGGAGCCUUACCGAAAUCAGGCAAAUUAGUUAGUCGUUCCUUCGCGGAAGUUCCACCCAAAAUUCCUCGUGCGGCCAAUUCUGCUCCCAUUCCCCCACGAGCAAACCAGGCUGCAGUUCCCCGAAAGGGCUCAAAUCGUACGCACGUUCGAACGAAGUCUGGUCUCGUAAUAUCGUACUCACUCUACGGUAUUGCUGGAGCUCUUUCAGGGUUGGCUCUGUAUGAAGGCUAUCGCUGCUACGAAUCGAAAACCAGCUACGUCGACAAAAUCAAAGAGGACAUCAAUACGAUCAAAGAGGACGUUCUCGAUUUUUACCAUUCCUUAGUGGAACCGCAGCCAAUCUUCCUCGGCGAUGCUCCGAAGAACGAAUUGGGCCAGACCAUCCCCACCCUGCUAAUCAAUGCGGAGGACCUCCUCGUCCUCUCGGAAUGGGAUAACCGGUACGGCAGCCGUUACAUCCGCCGUCCCGGCCUCGACAAGCUCCUCAUGUACCUCUCCCAAUUCUUCGAGGUGAUCCUCAUCUACCCGACCUUCGACGUGAUGGACGGCAAUUUAACGCAGGCCAUCGACCGCCACGGCAUUGUCCGCGGGGAACUCAAGCGACCCCACCUCAGCCACGACCGCAAAAGGACCUUCCUCGAUCUCGAUCGAAUCCCGCGGGACCCGAGUCACGUGAUCGUCAUGGCGAAGGACCCCUCCUUUUGCAAGCAGCGGGAGAACGUGCUGGUGGUGAAGGGGUUCGAAUCGAAGGAGAAUACCCGCGAUUCUACGCUGCUCGACGUCAUCGCGGUGAUGGAGGGUUCCACGUUUCCACGGUUUGUGAGGCAUUUGAUUCUGCACCCGGUCGACGACGUUCGCGAUUUUGUGAAGCGGUUCCGCGGGGAAGAUUGCGUGGUGGGGCACGCGCGGGAGCUGCGGGAGCGCGAGGAGGCGCAGAGAGCGGAGGAACGGCGAGCGUUUUUGAAGCAGAUCAACGUGUUUAAGGCGGAGGACGAGGAGGCAGGGACGGGCGGAUCAUUAGAAUUGCUGGAUCCGGAAGUGAUGGGAGAGCUGCCGAUUUUCGCGAAGAACAACAUGGAGAAGAUGUUUAAAGCGGAGAAUGGCCUCCGAGGCCGUGAUGCCGAUGCCGAUGAUGAUGAUGCGGCGGAGGAAGCGGAGCUGCGGUACGUGCCGGUGAAGGUGUACGGCGAGACGCCGAAGGGGUUCACGACGCUGUGGCAGCGCGAGUAUCUGCGAAAGAAACGGGCUGCGAAGGAGGAGCGGAAGCGAAUGAUGGAAAUGCAAAUGGCGAUGAUGCAGUCCUCGCAGAACAUGCAGAUGGAGCAGCAGAUGAACGAGGUGGAGCUGGCGAGGGCGGACGGGUCGGUGUUGAUGUAG